AUGGCAAAGCAGGCGCAGCUCAUGGAGCUGCUGAAGAAGGAGGUGAGAGCGAUGCUGAUAGCUGCCAAGGACGGCCUAACGCCAGCAGAGCUGGAGGAGCAGUACAUGGCCAUGGUCUGCAAACCUCUGCCCCUCCAAGACCUGGGCUUCCAGUCCACCUUGGAGCUGGUGACACACAUGCCUGAAGUUGUUCGAGUCUUUUCUUGUAAGAAUGGCACUGUUAUCCUCAAAGCCAUUGCAGACGACACCACCAAAGGCAUUGCCAAGCUGGUUGCCUGCCAGAAGGGAAGGACAUGUGCUAAGACCUGGAAGAGAACUCCUCUGAAGGCAAACGCUGCUUCUCCCUUUAAGAACUCCAAGAAUGCCCAGCAUUCCCCUCUGAGAGCCAGGACUCCUGUCCUGCCCGUGACUGUGAAGGCUGAGCUGCAGGACCUGCUGAGCUCCUCCCCUCUUCUGCUCCAGGACCUGGACAAGGCCUUCCUCAGCUGCUUUGGCCGGGCAUUCCCAUACAGGCAGUGCGGGUUUUCUUCUGCGCUCGAAGCCCUCAGGAGCGUGUCUGAUUUCAUUGUGGUGGAGCAGACAAAGGCAGGGUCCUUGCUGGUCCUGAGACAGCACGUGGCAAAGGAGGCAGAGCAGGAAGAGGUGCCUCAAGGUGAGGCGCAGGACGAAGAGAUGCUGCAAGCCGAGAUGCCCCCUUUGGAACCUGUCUGUGAGACAGAUGACUUCUACCAGGCAGCCCUUCUGAUGAAGUGGGAGCCAGUGGAAACACAAGCAGUAGAUUUGGGUGAUCGCCUCAAACAAGUAAGUGGAAGAAAGAGAGUAUGAAAAAUUUCCACAGGGAAAGUUUGGGUCCAGCCUCAAGAUUUUCAGCAGUUGCUACCAAACAAGCUGACACUGUCUCUAGAAAUCCCUCCGGAUGCUGUUCAGGACAGAAGCCUUUGCAGUUUACCACCUCUGAAGAGAAAGUGCUUGGUGGGAGUCGUCGUGGAAUUCAUCGUCUCUCCUACCCAGUUCUACAUCCACAUCUGUGGCAGGGAAACAUCCUACAAACUGCAGGAUCUGAUGUUUGAGAUGAGACACCUUUACUCCCAUAAACUUGUCUCUGAUAAAUACAUCAUGCCUGACUCUGCAGUGCGGCCCGGACAGCUCUGCUGUGUGAUGGUCUCCAAAUGGUGGUACCGUGUUAUCAUCCACCGUGUGGUCAGUGACCAAGAAGUGGAGGUGUUCUAUGCAGAUUAUGGACAGCUCCAAAUUGUCCAGAAGUCUUGGCUGAGAUUCCUCAAGUGGCACUACUUGAAGCUCCCUGCUCAGGCCAUCCCAUGUUCCUUGGCAUGGGUAAAACCUGUGGAGGGUACGUGGUCUCCUGCAGCAACUCUCGUGUUCAAGAAUCUCUGUCGCUUCAAGGAGCUUGUGGGCAUCGUGGAUGAAUAUGUGGAUGGUGUCCUGCACCUCUUCCUCUGUGACACAUCCACCAAGGAGGAUGUCUACUUCCACUAUGUCUUGAGGGAUAUGGGAUAUGCUGAUGUGUGUGGAGAGAACAUUCCUUCCCAGGAAUUCAAGGAGCUGAAUCCUUUGGCCUUGUAUGUUCAGCCCAGUGGAAAGCAGGAGAAUGAUGAGCUGGUGGAGCCAGACCUUUGCUUGCAGCAGGAAUCUCUAGUUGCAGAUAGUGAAACAACAGCCUCAAAGCUGAAUGGGACUGAGCUGUGUGACCAGACACCUCAUUCUCUUGGAGAGUCCUCCAUGCCUGCUGUCCUGGUCAAGUCAGAGGAAGAUCUUUACACCUCCUCUAUUUACUCCAAGCAACCCGCAGAAAUGAGGCAAGAUGACCCUGAUCAGACAGAAAGAUUUUGCAGCAAGGCCCAGCUUUCUGAAGCUGUAAAUCCUACUGUUUUACUCAUGGCAAUGCCAUUCAUGCUGGACAGCCCUAACAGUGAAGAGAACAUGAAGAAUGAAGACCUUCCCAGGAGUUGGCCUCUGUGGUGCCAACCUCACAAACUCCAUGUCCCUCCUGCCACACUCGCUGCAGUGUUGGCAGCUGCACGAUUGGCCACUUCCAGUGGCUCUCCAGCCUGGGAAGGAAGGUGUGAGAAGAGGGGAGAAGCUGGAGCUGCUGCCGAGGAAGGCUGCUGUGAGCAGCGCAGGCUCUCUGGAUGA